UAUAUAUAUAUAUAUGAUUGCGAUCAAGAUUAUGAUCCCUAUAUGUUGGGCAUUGAUUGCAUAUUAUUAAAUUAUUGAUCGCCGGAUCGAUCAAAAGUAUAUUGAUACACGAGUACCUUAUGGGCAAUAGCCAAUUGGUUAAAAAAAAUAGAAAUAAAUGCAGAGAAAUAUAAGAGAUUUAAGCAAUUUAGAACAGAUUGCACUUGAUAGACGUGAUUCAAAAAGCCACUGUUGAAAAAUUUGAGAAUCCAAUCGUCCAAGACUUACAAUGGUAACAAAUAGCCAAACCAUCACAUGUCCAGAGAUUCUUUUAUCAAACGACAAGAAGAUCGGAUGAGCUUAAACAACAUCAACGUCCACACAAAGACACGUGAAUAUUUAUGGAUUUAAGAACAUAAAAAAUUUAAUAUGUAAAAGGAGAAUAGUCGAGAAUAGUCUUGAAGAAAUCCAAGAUUUCUAAUAACAAAACGGCCAACGGAGCUGGCAAUCGAGCGAUAUAAUAUUGUUGCGAAUCGAAAAUAGAAGUAUUUCUCAGGCUCUACACGAGAUAGAACCCAUCAGAUGCUGAGCAUAUAAAGGUGUGUGUAAGAGAUGAUUGUUGACUAAUUGAAAUUGCGGAAAUCCUCGAUAAACAUGAAUCUCGAGGUGGAAUUGAUCGCGGGGGUCAUUAAAGGCGGUUUACCUCCUGCACAUCUGCCAGCACCACGGCUGAUCAAGAUAUUCAUCGCUGGCGAGAGAGAUGAUUUUUCGGAGGAACGCAAACAGCUGUUGGAAAUGGUCGGUCCAGAGCUGCAAUCAAUCUACGAUGAUAUGGGCAUUGAGGUGCUGUUGGUGGACAUGCAGUACGGUGCCAGCGUUAACCCGGACGUCAAUCCACGUUUAGCGGAAUUCUUUCUGGAGGAGAUAAACGUGUCUCAACGAUAUUCUCGGGGUUGUUUUCUCCUGUUGUUGACGGGAACAGAUUAUACCGCAGGAUGGGUGCCGACAGAACUGAAGGAGACCACCUUCCAAACGCUUCUCGCACACUGCGCUCUUCUUAAGGAUCAUUACGAGCACAACGGACAUUCUUAUGUUUUGAAAGCAAAUGGUGUGCAAACCGCUCAGCGAGCAUGGCAGGAAGAACAGGAACCGAGCUUACGUCAGGCGCUAAGAACUGCCGUGGAAUGCGCGAUCGCAGAGCAACCGGAAAACCAGGAGCUCAAGUACAUCCUGAAGAGUACGGCGGAACGGCAAUUGGACUACGGCCUAAGUCUAGAUGAGCAGGGCUUGGGAAUAAUGGCCGUGAUUCGCGAAUGGACGGGUGAAGGUGCACCCGGAUGUGCGGUCGCUGCUAGUGAGCUCAAGACCCGUAUCCAGACAGUCCUGCCUCAUGACAAUGUUUUACCUUUGCACGUGGAAUAUCGUAAAGGUGGCAUCGACGCCGAUCAUGACGCUCACGACGAGUAUCUCAAGAAACUUCGGGAAUUGAUACUGGACAGAUUGCAGCAACUAGUGAACGCAUCCGUGGAGGCUGACCCGGAAAUCAAAAGUCGUAAAAAGAUGGUGCAGGAGGUCUAUGCUGAAAGUAUGGCGCAUUUUGCUCUUUUGCGGGAAUUACCAUUGAUCGACGAGAACGAUGAGGUUGUAGAGCGGGUCAAACGGCUUGUACUUGCAGGCAAGGAACGUAAACACGAGCCUAUUCUAAUCUACGGACCAAAAUCCUCCGGCAAGUCUUCUAUUCUCGCGCGCGUCUACCAGGAUGCGCCGGAUUGGCUCGCGGCUCCGACGCUUCGCAUCGUUCGAUUAUGCACUUGGACACCACGAUCCGCCUAUAGCCUAGAACUCUUGCGCAUCCUUUGCCAGCACAUCGGCUUCCUCGCCGGCGAUAACGACGGCAAUCUGCCGCGCGAUGCUUCUUUCGAUCCGCUCUACCUCAACAAUUGGUUUACCCUGAUUAUGCGCCGUAUCGAGGAACAUCCGCUUCCGGACCAAUUGAUCAUCCUCCUCGACGACCUUCACCGAUUCCACCCGCUCGAGUGCGACAUCGUCGCCGCUCUAUCCUGGUUGCCGCUCGCACUUCCUGCAGGCGUUCACCUCGUUGCCACUUCCGCUCUUCCGCCCGAGGGAAUGCGCCUCACACCGGUGCAGAAGGAACGUCUGCGCAGUGCCGACAUCCUCGUCGAUCUCUCCGGACGGGUGUGCGCGACACCGCAUGUCGAUUCGGUUCUGGAGCAGCUGGAGGACCUUAUCGGGUUCGCCGCAGCUAGCCGGAUCGCUUCGAUUCUCGCUUGCACCGAGUACGGUUUAUCGGAAACGGAAAUACUCGAAUUGAUUAUGCCCACCGGAGGAGAAGGCCCAUUGGUUUUGGAAGAAAGCCAAUUUAACUUUGCGACUUGGUGCUUGGUCAGAAGAACGUUCGCGUCUUGGCUUAAAAUACGAGUAAUGAGUGGUCGAUUAAUGUUUUCUUGGCGUGGCCAAUAUCGCGAGGUCGCUCUCAGAAAGUAUCUCUCCAAUCAAGACAUUUCACGCAGUUGCCACGCGGAAUUGGCCGGUCUUUUCUUCUCCGAGGACACCGACGACAGUACUGAGAAAUCAUUGGAGAACCCAGCCGCUUCACCGCCUACCAAGGAAACGCCGUUCCAAAGCGCGCCACGGACUCAGGAUGUCACGUAUACACUUCGACACGUGGAGGAAGCGUGGCUGCAUCUUGUACGUGCCUCCGACGUCGACAAGCUGAAGAAACUCGCUGUCUGCGCGUUCGACUUUCUCCUCGCGGCCGUCCAAAUGGUUUCCGUGAGCUACCUGCGAUGUGUCCUCGAACAUACAAGGCGAUAUCUUCUCGAGCGCGACCUGGAACUCGUGUAUUACGCCGUCAGAAAGUCCAGCGACGUUCUAACGCGGAAUCCGCUCCAACUCGCUGCGCAACUUAUUUGUUGGUUAAGGCCGGUUGCCGAGGAUGGUGGUGACCUCGUCAGUAGAAUGGUGAUGGCAGCUAUGGCUUGGUGCGAUGGUUAUACCGCACCUUUGCUCGUACCCUUGAACGGAUGGUUGCAACCACCUCUUCCACUGCAGAUUCGAGCAAUAGCGUGUCCUCAGGGGGUUAAGUUGAUCGAAGCUGCGCCGUCCGGACAACACGUCGUCGUCGUGCCAUUGCAGGGAGACGCUCAAUUAUGGCACGUCAUGUCCGGUCAGCUUGUUCAUACUUUCAAAGGACAUUCCAGUCCGAUAUCGUGCUUAGCCGUCACUCAUCAGUCGCAGUACUUGCUGACAGGUUCCGAAGACACGUCCAUCAUCGUCUGGGACAUGAAGGAUCUCGUCAUAAAACGCCGAAUUUGCGAGCAUAUCGCACCAGUUCUCACUUUAACUAUGGCACUCAACAAUUCCAUCAUUGUGAGCGGUGGUGAAGAUUCCAGAAUUAUCGCCACCAGCCUGCUCACCGGCGAGGUUCUGAUGAAAGUGGAUCAUCAUCGAGGCCCCGUCACCACUAUUCGCGUUGAUUCGGCUGGUGAAGUUUUGGUUUCGGGAUCGGCCGACGGCACUGUGUGUCUUUGGUCUCUGGAGAGCUUCAGCUUUCUCAACAGCAUCGCUCUUCCUUCUCCGGUGGCCAUGUUAGAUGUGUCUGCGGAUUCGGUUUUCCUUUUAGUCGCUUGUGAAGAUCAAAAGCUCUAUCUGCGAUCUUUGGCGACGGGCACGGAAAUUCAUACGCUCAGGGGACAUCAAGGACCAAUCAAGAGUCUCUGCCUGGCGAAGGACUGUAGAAGAGCCAUCGCCGGCGGCACCGAAGGCAGGGUAUCUGUAUUUGAUAUGCAUAGCGGAAGGUUAAUCAAGAAUUUGCCCGCUAAUCCGUCAGCAAGCGUUACUUCAGUUAAGGUAACCGAGAAAGAUGAUUUUUUGAUAACCGGCGGAGGUGGCCGUGUGACUUACUGGAGCUUCCGCGGCGAGGAACCACCACCGAAGCCGCAGAAAUCCGGGAAGCAAGAUUCUCUGCAACCCCAUACUGCACCAAUUUCCUGCCUGGACAUUUCCAGGGACGGCGCCAUGGCAGUCACCGGCGGUGUCGAUUCUUUAGUUAAUUUGUGGCAGCUUAACACUCAUGAACUGUUGUCUUCCUUGGAGGGGCAUAUCGCCAGUAUCACGUGCAUCGCAUUCUCCGCAUCAGGCCUUUUCGUCGCAUCCGGAUCCGAGGAUAAAACUGUCCGCGUGUGGGGUUUGACUCUGGGGCUCAUCGUGGCUACGUUUCGACACCAGGCACCGAUAACUGCCGUUACCGCUAUGCUGGAUGGUAGAAGAGUAGUUAGUUCGGAUCGAGCUGGUUCUAUCAGGGUCUGGGCAGCGGACAGUGGUACACUGAUCCAGUCUGUUUGCGGACCUGGACGAUGCUUCGCUGUUACAUCCGACAUGAGAUACGCGGUGUGUGGGUCUGGUGAUACCCAGGUGCGCAUAAUCAGUCUGGGCGCCGGUCCUGAGGAGAAGCAUCAAGUAUCGCACUCGCAGGAUAUCACAUGCCUGGUAGUGACGCCCGAUUCUCAGUACCUGAUCACCGGUUCCCGGGAUAUGAGUCUGAAGGUGUGGUUGCUAGCUGGUGGUAAACUCUCCCAAGUAUUGGUCGGUCAUACUGAUCACGUGACCUGCGUGGCGGUUGCGGUGGUCGACAAAUCUAUAGUGGUAUCUGGCUCCCGAGACGCCAAUCUGAUCGUCUGGGACAUCAAUACCGGCGCCGACUUGCACACUCUCGUGGGCCAUCUAGGUUACGUGACUUGCGUGCGCCUCUCCGGCGACGGCACUCUGGCCGCUUCCGGAAGCGAGGACAAGAGUCUCAUCGUCUGGGACACUAAGAAGGGCACACCGCUCAAUUCCAUCAUGUUGCACGUACCGGUCCUGGGAGUUGAAAUAUCCACCGAUUGCUCUAGAAUGGCGGUGCAUUUGCUGGAACACAAAUGCAUGCCUAUUCUAUGUCUGCACAACACACCCGCACAAUACGUCAAACUGCCGCCGUACGUGGCGCCGCGGGACCUAAGACCUCCGGGACCGAAACGACCCGCCAAGAGAUUGCUGAAGAAAGAAGUGUCCUUAGAUACUUAUACUUGGCAGCGAAAAUAUGGACAUCUAACAUCAGGUAUCACGGUCUCGAGUAUCGAGGAACGAUUAAAGCGUCGUUUUAGCGUAAGCGCAUCAAUGGAAGAGAUCAGCAAGGCUGGUUUAGCCGGCUCACAACCUGGUCUCGGACCUGAACAGGCUGCUUUAGCACAAUCUCAACAUUUCGAUCAACUAGAGGCACUGUGGAACAAGCAAUCGCCACCGCCGAGACCACGUGGCCUAGCUCGGACAUUGACGAAGCAAAGUUCGCUUCAGGCCACUCGAAUAUCAGACUCUGAAGAAGAAGAUGUACCGGAUUAAAUGGCAGAAUACUAUUCAUCAACAACUUUCGAAUGAUUGUUGAGUAUAUGUAAGCUACAAAAUGUCCUUCCGUGUUAUUCGAUGCAAUAAAAAUAUACCGAAAGUAAUAGACUAGUAA